AUGCAGGCUGAAAAAAACAGUAAACGUGCUCAUUUUUAUUAAUUGAACACAAAUUGUACAUAAAUUAUAACAAAAUUAAAUGCAGCAGCCGCUCCCAUUCAACAUUCUUGCCAAGCACACACAAACACCAAACGGAGCCAUAACGGAGAACGACAACAACCACAAGCGGAAUAGCAGCAGCAGUAAAAGCAGCAAUUGGAUGCCGAUUGCUAGCCCACGCCCACAAUGACAGCCGCUCCGCCCGCCCAUGAUAAUGGCGAACAGCAGCAACAGCAACAUGCAUUAGUUAAACGCGCCGAAGACGAACGCGAGGACAUAUUCAAGCGCUAUGAGUUGGGUCUGGAUCCCAAUAAUGUCGUCGACUCCUGGGAGAAUCCCACAUUUGAAAUCUAUCAUAUAACCGACAAAUACGGCUUCAUGCACGACUCCCGCCUGCCAUCGUCACGCGACUCCCAGGAAGUGCAACGCACAAGGAUCGAAUUGGAGCGCGAUAAAAAAUGGGUGAAAAUGCUGAAUCACUGGCCGCCGCCACAAGAGAAAUUGCAUAAGCGCGUAUACAAGGGAAUACCGGAUCGGAUGCGCUGGCCGGCGUGGAAACAGCUGCUCAAUGUCCAGCACUCGAUGGACACCAAUGCGGGCGUCUAUAUGCGCAUGCUGCAAAUGGCCAAGCAGAAUGCGACUGAGACACGCCAAAUCGAUGCGGACGUAAAUCGUCAGUUUCGUGACAAUCUGGCCUAUCGGGAACGCUAUAGCGUCAAGCAAUGCUCGCUGUUUAAUGUGCUGAACGCUUACAGCAUUUACAAUUCGGAGCUUGGUUACUGUCAGGGCAUGGCAUGUGUGGCGGGCGUAUUAUUGCUCUACAUGCAGGAGGAAGAGGCAUUUUGGGCACUCAACACGCUCAUCACGGAUCGUAAAUAUGGCAUGCAUGGGCUGUUCAUUGAGGGCUUUCCAAAGCUGACACGCUUCAUCGAGCAUCAUGAUCGUAUAUUGUCCAAGAUAAUGCGUAAACUGCACAAGCAUUUUAUGAAACACAAUGUGGAUGCGCUACUCUAUGCCAUCAAGUGGUUCUUUGUGGUCUUUGUGGAGCGCGUGCCGUUUAGUCUUAGUUUACGCGUGUGGGAUAUUUUUCUGCUGGACGGCGAUCGUGUUAUAUUGGCCAUGGCCGUGACCAUACUCUAUCUGCACAAGGAUGAGCUGUUGCGCCUCAAGGAUAUGGAUGGCAUUAUUGAAUACUUGCAGGUGAAGCUGCACAAGAAUUUUGGUUACAAUGACGACGAUGCCAUUCAGGCGCUGGAGCGCGUUAUGAAAAAGCUAAAGGAUCUAAAACUCGAUGUACCUCCGCCAGCGAAAUCCAAUGAGUUUCCUACUCGACCGCUAGGCAUGUUUGUGGAGGCGGAUCGUGAGAAAAAAACCGGUCGCCGACGUGACUAUACCGAUACGGAAAAGCAAGUCUUAACCGAUGUGAUAUCAAGACAAGAACAAAACGCAAUUGAGGUACAAUCUACAGUGUCCUAUGAGACAUCCGAGUGCGCAACUGUUACGCUUACUGUUCCCGAGGAUUCGCACUCAAUACGAAGUUCGCUUGCAGGUACUUCAGUUGCCUCGCACGGCUCAUCGGAGACAAUGUCGCUGGAGGACAAUAACAUUCAUUUAAAAACCGCCAAUAUGCUGCAAAAUGCUCCACAACGCGAGCUGCUGCUGGGCACCUGACGUCAGCUGCCGCCGGCAUCCAACGCGAUGUCCGCAGCGGCAGCCAACAGCCACACAUCAGCAAUCAGUUCAGCAACAACCACAGCAACAACAACAACAACAAGCACUGCAACAAUCACAGCAACAGCCAGAAACACAGCCACACCGCCGCCAGUGCCGCCGCGCUCGCCAUUGGCGCUGGGAUGAUUAGCCAGGACGACGCCGACGUCGACACCCAUAAGGACGCAGAGCACAGCCGUUAAGCAGUUCUAAUUGUGUCCAACGUCGUCGUUGUCCUGUGCCUAGCUUUAAGAUUUGUCGCCUUGCCACUAAAAAAAAAACACACAAAACAAAAAAAAAAAAAACAAAAAGAACGAAAGAGCAGCCAAAAAAAAGUUUCGCAAAUUUCAAGUUCUUGUUCUUGACAAAAUUGUUCGCUAAAUCAAUUAUUCGGCAAAUAUUUUUGUUACAUAUUCUUUGUACAUAAAUACUUAACAAAGUGUGCUUGUAAAGAAACUUUGUGCUUAUUUGCGUAAAGGACUUUUAAACAGAGCCAAAAACUGACAAGGGCCAACUGCCCGAAACAAAAAUAAAAAUAAAAAAAAAAAAAAAAACUUGAAAAAAAAAGCAAUCGAGAUUUAAAUGCAACAAUUAUUUGUUGUAGCAAGAGCAACUCGUAUUUAAUACAAAACUAAAAAUAAUAUAUUUAAAACCAAACAACAAUUGGAUAUUGAACAACAAUAUAGUUAUAGAAAUAAAUAUAUAUAUAUAUAUUAAUAAAUUAUAGUUAUUAUAGACAUGUUGUAAAUUGUACUUGUAUAUACGUACCGAACAAAAUACAAAGCAACGUUAAAAAAAAUACAAAACAAAAAAUAAAAAGUUACGUCCAUGAAAUAUAUAGCAAGUGCUACCAAAUAUAAGCAAGUGAGUUGAUAAUUAACAAGAGCUAACGAAUGAUUAUGAUUAUGAUUAUCUAUGUGUAUAGUGAUGUAUGCCUAACUAUGCAAAUUUAUACUUAACUUUAAGUAAUUUAUAUCAAAAAGAGAAACCAACUAUGUAUAUGCAUAAUUUAAGUUUAGCACGCACGUAAAACAAAUGAAAGAGAACUGCGCCCUAUGUUCGUCUUAUAAACAAGAUACUUUUGCUUUCUCAAAAC